AUGUACGACGGGCUCGCAAAUCUCUGCACGUCGCUGCCAACCGACGGAUCGGUCCGGGCCAUCGUUCUUUCCGGAAACGGCGGAAAGGCGUUCGCGGCCGGCACUGAUAUGAGCCAGUUCCGCGAUUUCAAGACUGCGCAGGACGCGCUGGACUACGAAGCCCGGAUCGCACAGGUGCUGGACGACCUGGAACGUUGUCCGGUACCAACGAUCGCAGCGAUCAAUGGCGCGUGCACGGGCGGCGGGGCCGCGAUCGCGGCGGCGUGUGAUCUGCGUAUCACCUCUCCCAGCCUCAAGUUCGGGUUUCCUAUCGCACGUACCUUGGGAAACUGCCUUGCCAGCGAUAACCUUGCCCGCCUGUCGGAUCUGAUGGGAGCAGGCCGCGUCCGCGAAAUCAUAUUCACUGCGCGGCUGAUCCUGGCUGAAGAAGCUCGGGCGAUCGGCCUGGUGAGUGAGGUUCUGCCGGAUGAGGAGGCACUUAUGGCGCGUGCCAAGGAACUAGCGCAGUUGGUCGGCACCAUGGCGCCCCUGACCUUGCGCUCCACAAAAGAGGCCAUGCGUCGCCGGCGAGCCGCGAUUGCAGUUGAAGACGACGACCUGAUCGCGAUGUGUUACACCAGCGAUGAUUUCCACAUCGGUAUCGAUGCAUUUCUGAGCAAAUCCAAACCGGAUUGGACCGGAAAAUGA